AGGUCCAACUAAUUAACCUUGAUUGUUAUUUGGUCUUAUCUCCCAACACUCAACCACUCUCUCUAAAUUUCUCUACUCCAGUUUCCCAUACUUUCUCUCCCUCUUUUCCAACAUGGCCGGAACCUCUAGCCUCUCCGGCGGAGUUUCCGGUGAGCCUAAGAAUCUCAGCUCCCCAUUAUUUGACUCGCAGAAAACACCCAAGCCGAAGAGGAACAAGUAUGCUUUCGCUUGUGCUAUUUUAGCUUCCAUGACCUCCAUUCUACUCGGUUAUGAUACUGGUGUGUUGAGUGGAGCAGCAAUGUACAUAAAAAAAGACCUUCGUUUCACGGAUGUUCAAAUCGAGAUCAUCGUCGGCAUCAUCAACAUCUUCUCUCUUAUGGGCUCUUUCCUCGCCGGAAAAACCUCCGACUGGAUCGGCCGGAGAUACACCAUGGUUCUCGCCGGUGCCAUCUUCUUCGCCGGAGCUAUACUGAUGGGCUGCGCCACAAACUUCGCCUUUCUGCUGGUCGGCCGGUUUGUCGCCGGAAUCGGAGUUGGGUAUGCUAUGAUGAUCGCUCCGGUGUAUACCACUGAAGUUGCUCCGACGUCUUCUCGGGGGUUCCUCACUUCUUUCCCGGAGGUUUUUAUUAAUGCCGGAGUGUUGCUGGGUUAUGUAUCCAACUUUGCAUUUGCCAAUCUACCACUUUGGUUAGGCUGGAGAUUUAUGCUGGGAAUUGGAGCGAUUCCUUCGGUUGGCUUGGCGCUUGGUGUGUUGUAUAUGCCUGAGUCUCCGCGUUGGCUUGUCAUGAGGGGUCGGCUUGGGGAAGCAAGGUAUGUACUUGAAAAAACUUCGGACAGCAAAGAAGAAGCUCAGCAAAGACUAGAUGAUAUUAAGGAGGCUGCUGGAAUUCCAGAAGAAUGUAAUGAUGACAUUGUUGAAGUUCCUAAACGUAGCAAAGACGAUGCUGUGUGGAAAGAAUUGUUCCUUCAUCCUACACCAGCUGUUCGUCAUGCUGCUAUUACUGGUAUUGGUAUUCAUUUCUUCCAAAUGGCUAGUGGUGUGGAUGCUGUUGUUUUAUACAGUCCUCGAAUUUUUGAGAAGGCCGGUAUAAAGAGUGAUGACAAAAAGCUACUUGCUACGAUAGGUGUUGGAAUCUGCAAAACACUCUUUGUACUGAUAUCAACGUUUUUGCUAGACAAAGUUGGACGUCGCCCACUAAUGCUUUCAAGUAUGGGGGGCAUGGUAAUUGCUCUACUCGUGCUAUCAGGCUCAUUAAUGGUUAUCAACCACUCGAGUGUUACUGUUCCUUGGGCUGUUGCUGUGGCAAUAGUUGCAUUGUAUAGCUUUGUGUCCAUAUUUUCAAGCGGGAUGGGACCAAUUGCUUGGGUCUAUAGUUCGGAGGUGUUUCCACUGAGGCUUAGAGCCCAAGGUUGUGGCAUCGGAGUGGCAGUCAAUCGUGGUGUUAGUGGCAUUAUCGGUAUGACUUUCAUAUCAAUGUACAAGGCCUUAACAAUUGGUGGUGCAUUCUUUGUAUUUGCUUGUGUUGCAGCUGUUGGAUGGGUGUUCAUGUUCACAUUGUUCCCUGAAACACAAGGAAGAAAUCUUGAAGAAGUUGAGUUAUUGUUCGGUGAUUACUUUGGCUGGAGGAAAACACUGAGGGAAUUGAAGAAGAAGGAAGCCGCAGAAGCUAAGAAUGGCACUCUUGUCGCUUAAACUUUCAGCUGCAGUAGGCUUUUAGUUGGUGUUUUAUUUGUUUAAGGGAAUCAAACCAUACCUACCCAGUUCGCUAAAUCCCAUGUAGGAGUUCGCGUAGGACCUGGGGAUUUGUGUGCGUAAAGGGUGAUUUUAUUAAAACCCUUAGUACUUCUAUAAAAAAUUUAAGACAGUACUGCAAUAUGUUUCUGUGGAACUGGGGAUUUGUUUGUGUUAAGGGUGAUUAUUAAACACCCUGGUACUUCUAUAUGAAAUUUAAAUUAGGACA